AUGCCACUACUGGAGACGGCAAAUUCCGAAAUAGCACCGGAGAGUUUUGGAGAGAUUCCCGCAGCCAAAGUUGUGCCACGCACCACGUACGUGGAUAAAACGCCGUUGCCAUUCGAGGAGAUUCCCGGGCCCGCGAUACUGAAGCUCUGGGAGAAAUACUGGAGAUACGUGCCGCUCCUUGGUACGCAACUGUUUUGCAGUCUACUAAUCAGCAGACUUGGGUCCCAGGGUCGCUUAUCCUGGAACCGCAACAUCACACCGAUCAAGUACCUAUUCAACGAAUACGGCUGUGUCGUGCGAAUCAAUGGGCCGCUCGUGAAUGACAUAGUCAUGAUCCAUAGACCUGAGCACAUAGCGGAAGUGUUCAAGCAGGAAAGCAAGUCGCCUGUUCGCAGCGGCAUCGACAUUCUUCAACAUUAUCGUCUCAAUCACCACAAAUAUCGUUUUGCUGGACCGUUCUCUCUACAAGGUUCGGAAUGGUUGGAAAUAAGAAAGAAAGUGGACCAGCCGCUGCACGAAACUAUAUCGAAUCAUGUUGGAAAGUUGGACAUGAUAUGCGACGAACUUAUCAACAGAAUUCGUAAUAUACGGAACCGACAAGACGAGGUACCAGCAAAUUUUCAUCAGGAACUCACCGCGUGGGGUAUGGAAUGUUUCUACGCGAUGAUGUUUAACAAGCAUCUUGGUUUCCUCGAUUCUACCUCGAAAUCUGAGACGUCUGAGGCCGCAAGGAUUGUUAAUGCAUUAACCACCGCUCACACGUACAUGAGUCGCUGCGAAACCGGAUUCCAAGUGUGGAGAUUCUUCGAAACUCCGUUCGCCAAGAAGCUUUUUGCGGCUUGUGAUAUUCUUGAUGAGGUUAUCGGAAAAUAUAUUCGACAGACGCAGAACAAGUUGCAAACUUCGUCGCAAGAAGAAAGAUCUGUGAAUGAAGAGAAGAGUUCGCCGUUGCUCGAAAAAAUGAUGCUCCAACGUAUUCAUUCGGACGACAUUUCUACCCUCUUGAUGGACAUGAUGAUUUUAGGCGUUCAGGCUAUCGUUAAUUGCGAAGCGUUUCUGCUUUACUUCUUAGCGAAAAAUCCGAGAGUACAAAGACUGUUGUACGAUGAAGCAAUCUCUGUUUCUUCUAAAACGGGAUCUGCUCUGACGACAGAAAGCUUAGAAGACAUGCCAUACCUAAAAGCAUGCGUAAAGGAGAGCCUAAGGUUGCGACCUGCAUUUCCGUACUUGACAAGACUGUUAUCGUCACCAAUCACGUUGCACGGAUACACAAUACCGAAGGGAACUUUCGUCAUAAUGGCGAAUGAAAUAAUGUCACAGCGUGAGGAACUUUUCGAGGAUCCCGAAAAGUAUCGACCGGAAAGGUGGCUAAAUCAGAAUGAACACGUUCAUCAAGAGUAUUCAUAUCUACCUUUCGGAGGUGGCGUGCGAUCCUGCCUGGGAAAAGAUCUAGCUGAAAUACAAAUGAUGUUGCUUACGGCAAAACUGGUACGAGAAUUCACAAUCGAAUACGAUUAUGCCGACAUCCGAAGCCGAUUCAUGAUGAUAAAUAUGCCAAACAGACCAUUGCGUUUUCGAUUUGUAGACAGGAAUUAGAAGAUAUAAAGCAAUACGGAAUUUAAACAAUUUGAACAAGCGUUUGAAGAAGAACAGAAUAGUUAGUAGACAUGCAGUUUCGUUAUAUCACAUAUGAAUUGCUUUCUUGUACAAAAAAAAAACUGUAUAAACGAGGUAAAAUCGCGUUUGAUAGAUUAAAAUAUAAUAAUGUAUAAGUUAAAAACAAUGUAUGUAUUUACAUUUAUAUCUAAUACAUUAAUACAUAAUAAUCUAAUCUCUUUUUUUGAAACGUAAAAGAGUUGUUUGUAAGGGAAGAGUAUACUGUGCAUCGAUCUUGUUGUAAUUAAGAUACUAGCUCCUAUAAUUAAGAUUACUGUAAAUGUUAUAAUUGCGAUACUGUUAAAAAAUAAAAAUAAUUCUUGUAGCUUAUGAGUAUUAUAUAUAAUUGCGUUCAUUAAAUAUAAUAGCG